AUGGAAAAUGUUUUUAAACAAGCAAAACCAUACGAAAAAACGAUACUAACGAAAUACGUGGACAGAUGUUCUAUACUUCACAUAUCUCUUACCUUUGGCUUUUAUUUAGCUGCUACAAAUAUUGUUCUGGGACCAAUAUUUUUACCACAACCAUUACCAACUUUUGCWGUCUAUCCGUUCAACGUGGAAACCCAUCCAAUAUACGAAAUUGUUUAUUUUAUGCAAGCAGUGACUUGUAUACAAGCAUCUACAGGUGCAACGAUUGAUUGUCAAGUAGCUAUUUUACUCUGGUUCGCUGGUGCAAGAUUUGAAAUGUUACAAAUUGAUAUAUCAAAUACUGUAGACGAGUAUGAUCUCAAAUUGUGUAUCUUUAAACAUCGACAAAUUCUCUGUUAUGCAGAUAACGUUGUCAAAACUGUACGUUUUGUGAUUUUUGCUACUGUAGGUAUUACUACCAUAUUAAUAGUAUCCAGUGGACUUUUAUUCCUUUUUAGUUCUGAGAUUGGAUCAGCAGCUUAUAAUCUAAAUUGGGUUGAAAAAUCACAAAAAAUGUCGAAAAACAUACUUUUUCUCAUUCAAAGAUCCCAAAAGCCAGUUAUAAUCACAAUUAGCGGAUUUUUACCAGUAUUAUCUUUAUCUUAUUAUAUGUCGUUCCUGUCUUCGGCGUUUUCAUUUUUCACAACAAUGAGAGCUGCAGUUAAAUAA